AUGUGUGAUGUUGCAGUUGUGAAGUGGUCGGAUUGGAUUGAUAGGCUUAUUCCAAAGUAUGGAGAACACUGGAAAAGGGUUGGCGUUUAUGAUGCCAUACUUCUAUCCAAGAAGUCUGUGAAUAAGGACAAGAAUCUGCUGGCUGCUGGUCUCUGUUUCUGGAAUUCUGCCAACAACACUUUUAACUUCCGUGUCGACCCCAUGACUCCAACUCUACUGGAUAUGGCUCAAAUCUUCGGGUUCAAGCCUCAUGGAAGGCCUGCUGAUGCAGUUGGUGAUUGCCAUAGAAGGAAGAAUUGUGAAAGGCUGGCUAAGAAGUUCACUGUCUCUCCUACCACCAUCAACCAGAACUGCUCCUUCUCCAACUACCUGAAGAAGUUUAGUGUUCAGAGGGAUAGGGAUCCACAACACAUGUUGUUCCUUCUAUACUGGCUAAACAGGUUUGUCUUUCCGAACCAUUCUUCAGCAGUUCUGCAUGAAUACAGGCACAUAGCAGAAGCUCUCCACAACCAUAUUGAUGUGGGGCGUGGUCCCACAGUUUUGGCACAUCUAUACAGGAAUCUCCACACCGCCACUAUGGAUAAUCCUUUGAAUAUUUCUGCUCCUAGUGCGUUUUGGAUGAUCCAGAUCUUGCUGCAAGUGAAUUUCCCAGAAUUGAGGUUUCCAGACAUAGUUCUGCCUGAAGAUCAAGUCAUGGCGCUUCCUUUGAUGUCGGCAGAAGUGUCCAAGAGGUCCAUUGAAGAAUAUCUGAUGUUCUUUAGGCACAACACCAAGAGGGCUAUUGCCUAG